CGAAACGAAUAGCUUCUGCACGAUUUGACCAAUAACAAAAAUGGCGUCAAAAAGACGCGGGCCCUAUGCGGGAACAUCGAGGACAUCGAAGUGGAGAAAACAAGAGAAAGAUAAUGAGUCAAAUGUUGAGGAAAUUGAUGUUUCAGAAACAAUUGAAGAAUUAAUUGAUGACAAUGGUGAAAUUCCAAACGAAUUUGACAUAAUGGUGGAAGAAAUGCUGGAGGAAGAAAAACAAAAGUUAGACCAAAAAAGUAGUGAUAAUCAGAGUAAUAUUGACAAUGAACUUUUAUUUCAAGGAAGCAGGCUUACUGUUAGCAUGAGUAUGCUGCUGAUUGUUACAUUUGCUACAAGACACAACUUAUCAGGAGUUGCCCUUUGUGAUUUAUUGAAUCUUAUUGAAGUGCAUUGUCCUGCAAAUAAUAUUUGCCAGGCCACCAUUACAAUGUACCAGGACUUUUUUAAGCGUUUAAAGACACCUCUUAUAUAUAACUAUUUCUGUGAAAAGUGUUUCCUUAGCAUUGACGUUUCAGAAAAGGAUGCAAAAAUCGAAAAAUGUCCGAACUGUUUGACCAGUAACUGUAUAAAAUAUUUCAUCACCAUACCGUUGAAGGACCAAAUGGAAACAAUUUUGAAAAGACCAGGUGUUCUUGACAUUAUAAGAACAAGAAAAUUUGAAAGGAGUGAAGGAGGAAACACAUCCAUUAUAGAAGAUGUCUACAAUGGAAAUGUAUACAAAACUCAUUUUGAUAGCAGUGGUUUUUUCCAUGGAACAACCAAGGAAGAGAGGAAUCUUCAACUGCACCUAUCUUUUCAAAUUAAUACUGAUGGAGUUGCAGUGUUCAAGUCAUCAAAAUUUGGUGUUUGGCCUGUGUAUGCAGUAAUCAAUGAAUUGCCACCUGAUGCAAGGUACCAGUUACAAUUUGAUUAAGGCCACCCUUAAAAAAUUGUUUGUUUGGAAUUGCCGCCUGAAUGGUUUCAGACAUAGGAGGGAGGAAAUUUUUUUUUUUUCUCAAAAUUGAAGAUAAAUUUUAAAUUUUUGGUAAAAAUCUCAGUAAACAGUAAAUACUUAUUCUGACUUAAAAAAGAAAUAUCUACCAUCAACUAAUAGUGCAUAGAUCUGAUACUGCAUUUCAGUGUUUUGUUUUGUGCGUGUGAUAACAGGCACAAAAAUUAAAUCAACAAAAUCUUCUUACUUUUGGUCAA